AUGCCGUCUGCCACGUGUGUAACAGGUGCGGCAAUGUCUCUGUUGUCGCUAUCUGCGCGGCAUUCCGUUUCCGUGGCAGCCGCUCCGGCCGUCCGUUGCAGCGCGGUCGCCCCUCCAUGCUGCCCGUCGUCGGCGCGUGCGGCCCAUCUUUCGCGCGUCGACGUGCGCACGGCCGCCGCGCCCUCCAGCUCGUCGCGGGCCGUGGCGAGGGCGCAGCGCCCCAACACGGGGAGAGCUCGCGCGCACGCGGUGUCGGUGGCGGAGGGGCAGACGGCGGAAGGCUCGGCGCGCGGUGAGGGGGAGUUUGAGGCGGUGAUCGGCAUCGAAACGCAUGUGCAGCUGAACACGGCGACCAAGGCGUUCUGCAGGUGCGCGGCGCAGUACGGCGCGGCGCCCAACGAGCACGUGUGCCCCACGUGCAUGGGGCAGCCCGGCGCGCUGCCCGUGCUGAAUGCGCGCGUGGUGGACGCCGCUGUGCGCCUGGCGCUGGCGCUGCAGUGCCGCGUGGCGCUCACCAGCAAGUUCGACCGGAAACAAUACUUCUACCCGGACCUGCCCAAGGGCUACCAGAUAUCCCAGUUUGACGAGCCCCUGGCCGCGCACGGCCACGUGGACGUUGACAUGCCUCUUGAGGCGGGCGGCGGGCGGCGACGCUUUGGAGUCACGCGCGCCCACCUGGAGGAAGAUGCGGGGAAGUCGCUGCAUGGGGGGGAUGGCAGCCAGGUGAGGCGCUGCUUGGGGGGGAUGGCAGCCAGUUUUACAUGUACCUUUGCCCGUUCCAUCUCUGCCCGUUCCAUCUCUGCCCGUUCCAUCUCUGCCCGUUCCAUCUCUGCCCGUUCCAUCUCUGCCCGUUCCAUCUCUGCCCGUUCCAUCUCUGCCCGUUCCAUCUCUGCCCGUUCCAUCUCUGCCCGUUCCAUCUCUGCCCGUUCCAUCUCUGCCCGUUCCAUCUCUGCCCGUUCCAUCUCUGCCCGUUCCAUCUCUGCCCGUUCCAUCUCUGCCCGUUCCAUCUCUGCCCGUUCCAUCUCUGCCCGUUCCAUCUCUCCCCGUGCCAUCUGUCAGGUGGAUCUGAACCGGGCGGGGGUGGCGCUGGUGGAGGUGGUAUCUGAGCCCGACAUGCGCUCCGGGGCAGAGGCAGCUGAGUACGCCGCCGAGCUGCAGAGACUGGUGCGGUACGUGGGGGUGGGCAACGGCAACAUGGCGGAGGGCUCCAUGCGCUGUGAUGUCAACGUGUCUGUGCGGCCCCGUGGCCAAACCACCCUCGGCACCAAGGUGGAGAUCAAGAACAUGAACUCAUUUCGGGAGAUGCAACGCGCCAUUGACUUUGAGAUCACGCGGCAGUCACAGCUGCUGAGGGAGGGCAAGGCGGAGCACAUCGUGCAAGAGACGAGGCUGUGGGAUGAGGGCAGGCAGGAAACAGCAGCGAUGCGGUCCAAGGAGGGCCUGGCGGACUAUCGGUACUUCCCCGACCCCGACCUGCCCGCGCUGCACCUGGAGGAGUCCUUCCUGCGCCACCUGCAGGCGGGCCUGCCUGAACUGCCGGAGCAGCGGCGGCGGCGCUACGAGGCGCUGGGGCUGCCCAUGCAGGACGUGCUCGUGCUCGUGGACGACAGGGAGUUCUCAGACUACUUCGACAGCGUGCUGGCAGCGGGCGCGGACCCCAAGGCGGCCGCCAACUGGCUGAUAGGCGACGUCACUGCGCUGCUCAAGGCGCACCGCUGCUCCCUGCCGGCCAUGGCCGCCCGCAUGCCGCCCGCCAGCCUGGCGGAGCUCAUCGCGCUCAUUCAGGAUGGCACCAUCAGCGGCAAGAUCGGAAAGGAGCUGCUGCCGGUUCUCUUCUCGGAGGGCGGCAGUGCACGCAAGCUGGUGGAGGCCAAGGGGCUGCUGCAGAUCUCAGACGAGGCGGCCAUAGAGCGGUUGGUGGAGGAGGUGCUAGCGGGCAACCCCAAGCAGGUGGAGCAGUUCCGCGCCGGCAAGACCAAACUGCAGGGCUUCUUCGUCGGGCAGGUAAUGAAGGCAUCGGGGGGUCGAGUGAACCCGGCGCUCAUGAACAAGAUUUUAAUGAAGAAGCUUCACGCAUCAUCGUGA